ACAAAUCUCUACAAGAGAGAACACAAAAACCUUCACAGAGACCUACAUCAACAACAUCUCGCUCACGCAAGCUGAACUAGAAUACUUCAAAAGGAAGGAAGCAAUGAGAAGAGACUGCGCCCAUCUCGACGUUUCCACGACGCCUCGAGACACUAGCCACAAGUUCGGCAAAAACAGCCCCUUCCUACCACUUGCCUCAAACACGUGGACGAAAAAGGUUGUGCAACGUGUACAUAACCGACUAUGGAAGUUGGCCACGUUUAACUAUACCGCACCAAUCAGUGUCGAUGCCUACAUGGCACUGGCUGGCCUGAGCAGUGCGGAUAUAGCAAACUGCCGAACCGCGGCCAGGAAUGCCACGAUCCACUUCCCUGCCGGAAAAGUUGGAUUGGACGCAGACUUCCCACCGAUUUCCAAGCUGGAGAAAGGCAAAUGCCCGAAGAAGCCACUACUGCACCAGAAAGGAAUCCCCAGGUUCCCAUCAGAUUUACUGGAGCUCAAGAAAUUGUGGAACACUGGGAGACCCUUUCUCAAAUGUGCGUGCAUCGGAUGUGAGGUAAACUUCACAUGGCUGGAUCACAUGCUCUGGUACGUCAUCGGCAACCUUGACAAGCUGGAUCCGCAUGCACCCUCAGACAAGAUCCAGAUGCUCGAGUUUCAGGCCUUGCUGCGCACUUCAUGGAGAAAGUCGAUCCUUGCUCAGAUCACGUUCCUCUUCAUGAGAGACUACAUGAUCAAGAUUGUGCACCUCAUCACGCAGAAUAAGACAAUUGCUGCUGAGGAGAUCCUCCAAUACGAAGACUUCAAGGACGUGCCGUUCGUACGCAAGUUCAUUGCAUCUCUACUCCCCAAUGCGGAAGGUCCGCUCCGGCCUGCUUGCGAUCUCGGCUCUCGCUUCCGACCUUCGAAGGGUAAAACAGGAAUUAGUGUAGGUGAUCGAGGCGGGGUGGACGUGUGGUGCUAUAGUUUCUACAGGUGGACCGACCAUUUCUACAUAGCCCUGUACGCAGAGGAGGGUGUAGAUAGAGAGUGCACACUUUUGGAAUAUCUAGCGGCCGGCAAAAGCGUCAAGGAGGAGCUCCUAAGCAUCACGAGGAAGGUAAGAGUCCCGCUCGUCGGGGGGCCCACGGUGCUGGUAGAAGGUCCGGCCAAGGAAGAAGUACAGGCCUCCCGCAUGACCAUGGAGGAACUGCCUGCCAACUUCUUCUCGGGUGAAGAGGCCAAGAAGUUCUAUGUGUUAGGUAGCGGCCAACUCCAGGCAGUGGUAAGUGGGAAGGAGAUGAGGGCUCUAGUAGAGAAUGGGUCCGAGUCUACGGUUUGUAGGGAGUCCAUCACGUGGGAGCUGGGCUUGGAGAUAGAUCGAGGGGUAUCAAUGUCAAUGGUAGUGGCCGAUAACAAGCUACAACCGGCAGAAGGGGUGUGUCAUAGCCCCGUGAUAGAGGUCGCUGGCGUAGAGACAAAAGUCCCAAUCUUUUCGGUAAAGGAGCGCUCCUCCGAGUUGAAUCUCGGAAGGACCUGGCUGAGCGCAGUUCACGCUACCACGGUUGAUUUGCGGGAUGGAAGUCAGACCCUCUCGAUCCAAAGUCCGGAUGGAAUCCGAGUAGUCCUAAGGACAGUGGACGCGCAAGAUGAGCGUAACCGGACCAACAUUGCUAGACGCAAGGAGAGCCAGUCGAGGGUGUGCCGAGUCCGUCUGGAGGAGGUGGCCUUCACGGAUAAGGGAACCAAGGGAGACCAAUUGGAGGUCGAAGAUGUAGGGGAUAGGAUUGUGAUUAACGGUGUGGGGUACGAGAAGGAAGACGAGGAGGAGCAAUUCGGUGGAUGUGUGAGGUUGUCUUUUUUGGAGGAAUCCCCCUAGCCUGCAACAUUAAGAAGCACAAAACUGUGGCGGAAAAGGUAAAAUCUGCCGCGAUCAACCGGGAUAGAACGGGGGAGGCUACGAUAUCG